CGAGCCCGACCUGCCCGGGAGCUUUCCCCUCAGGUCCGCUCCGGAAACGCGACGGCGGACGGCGCGGCACGUGAGCGUGACGUCAGCGUGCCCGCGCCGGACCCGAGGAUCCACUGAGUGGCGUAGCAGGGCCGUGCGCGGUCUUGCUACGUCUGUGGUGUUCCUGUGCAGGCUCUCCGGGUCUCGGACUCCACGAUGUACCACAACAGUAGCCAGAAGCGGCACUGGACCUUCGCCAGUGAGGAGCAGCUGGCACGGCUGCGAGCGGACGCCAACCGCAAAUUCAAAUGCAAAGCGGUGGCGAACGGGAAGGUUCUUCCAAAUGAUCCAGUCUUUCUUGAACCUCAUGAAGAAAUGACACUCUGCAAAUACUAUGAAAAAAGAUUACUGGAAUUCUGCUCAGUGUUUAAGCCAGCAAUGCCCAGGUCUGUUGUGGGUACAGCUUGUAUGUAUUUCAAGCGCUUUUAUCUCAAUAACUCAGUAAUGGAAUAUCAUCCCCGGAUAAUAAUGCUCACGUGUGCAUUUUUGGCCUGCAAAGUAGAUGAAUUUAAUGUCUCUAGUCCUCAGUUUGUUGGAAAUCUUCGGGAGAGCCCUCUUGGACAGGAGAAGGCCCUUGAACAGAUUUUGGAAUAUGAACUACUACUUAUACAGCAACUUAAUUUCCACCUUAUUGUCCACAAUCCUUAUAGACCAUUUGAGGGCUUCCUCAUUGAUUUGAAGACUCGCUAUCCCAUGUUGGAGAAUCCAGAGAUUUUGAGAAAAACAGCUGAUGACUUUCUUAAUAGAAUUGCAUUGACGGAUGCUUACCUUUUAUACACACCUUCCCAAAUUGCCCUCACUGCUAUUUUAUCUAGUGCCUCCCGGGCUGGAAUUACUAUGGAAAGUUACUUAUCAGAGAGUCUGAUGCUCAGAGAGAACAGAACUUGCUUGUCACAGUUACUAGAUAUAAUGAAAAGCAUGAGAAACUUAGUAAAAAAGUAUGAACCACCCAGAUCUGAAGACGUUACUAUACUAAAACAGAAGUUGGAGCGGUGUCAUUCUGCUGAGCUUGCACUUAACAUAAUUACGAAAAAGAGGAAAGGCUAUGAAGAUGAUGAUUAUGUCUCAAAGAAAUCCAAACAUGAAGAGGAAGAAUGGACUGAUGACGACCUGGUAGAUUCUCUCUAACUAUUUGAAAUUGAUCUGCCAAUGCUAACUAAUCAACAGAAUAGGAAACAUGUCUGGUAUUUAAUUUUAUUUAGAAAGUAUAAUAUAAAUACAUCAAAAUAUAUAUUAAACUUUUCUACUUGUUAAAGUAUUUUCCUUUCAUGAUAGCUUUAUAUAAAAUAUCUUCAAAGGAA